UAACGCGGCCGCUGCUAGUCUCUCCCCGGUGCUCUGUGCACACACUGACGUCAUGCGUCACAUGACUUGCCCUAUUAAGCACUGGGAGCUGUUCUGGUGCUGAAACCAAUAUCUCCGUCCUGAGAGGGAGCUACAGUAUGAUCAGCCUGCAGCCCUCUGCCUGAGCACACAGGUAGGGUGCAGCGAAUUUAUCCUAUCUUCUGAAACAUUGAUAAACAUGGCAUCUCCAAGAAACUAUUGUCUUACAAGAUGCUUAUCUUUGUGCUUUUUAAUCAUCCUAACGUCCUUUGCUGAUGCUGCACCAUUUCAAUAUUACCAAGUGCCACAACAAGAUCAAGAGUACAGAAUGAAGAGUUUACAAAGACUGCCAAGUCCAGAUAUGCUGAAAGCACUGGAGUACAUUGAGAACCUCAGGAAACAAGCAAGUAGACCUGAAAGCCUCCCUGACUAUAGCUCCUAUCAAGGGGCACCAUUCCUUUCAGAGCAGAAAGAUGCACAGACCCUUUCACCAGACAGUGCCAAAUCUCUCCCCACUGAUAAUGAGUCUGAGUGGAUGAGAGCAAUGUUGGAAGCCUUGAUGCAAGCAGAAAAAGAGAGCAAGGCAACUCCACAAGAAAAAAGCAAAUCAUACAGCAACAUACCACCUGAAUUAAUUGAAGAUUAUGACUCAAAUAAAUGGUUUGAGAAAAGACCCAAAACUGGUAAACUUCCUUCAAGACUAUAUGAUGACUACUCUCGAGACAAUCCAUUGAAGCGCACAAAUGAAAUUGUGGAAGGCCAGUAUACACCUCAAAGCCUAGCUACAUUACAGUCUGUCUUCCAGGAACUGGGGAAAUUAAAAGGCCAAGCCAACCAUAAACGAGAUAGGUUAGAUGAAGACCAAAAGCUUUAUAAGGAUGAUGAAGAUGAUAUGUAUAAAGCCAACAACAUUGCUUAUGAGGAUGUAGCAGGAGGAGAAGACUGGAAUCCGAUUGAGGAGAAAGUUGAAAGUCAAACUCAGGAGGAGUUAAAAGAGAGUAAGGAAGAGGUAGAGAAAACAGACGAGAUGGAGGAAGAGAUGAAAAGAUCUGGAUUAUUGGGUUUACAGGAUGAGGAACCUGAGAAAGACAAUAAAGAGCAAGAAUCUGAAAACUUGUCAAAACUGAUGAAUUCAUACUUAAGGAUGUGGAUGAACAAAAUGGAAAAAGGUAAACAGAACACAGAAAAACGCUCCCUAAAAUUCUCAGGAAAAGAACUUGACCCCGAAGCUAUUUAUCAGUUGAUAGAUAUAUCUAGAAACUUACAAAUCCCCCCUGAGGAUCUUAUUGACAUGCUGAGGGAUGAAGAUGGUAGGAAGUUUUCAGGGAGGUUGGAAUCUGAAAAGGAAGCUGCAGUACCUGAUGAUCUGGAUGAGGUUUCAGAAACUAUGUCUGAUAAAGUGGAUGUGAUUAAAACCAAGCAGUCAUUUUUAAAACAGCCCUCAUCUGCUGUGCUGCCUAAUGGCCCUGAAGAUCUUACAGUGGAGGAUAUGUUGAACCUAAUGGGAGCUGAUAAGUUGCCAAAUCAGAAACAUCCCUUCCUGAAUCGAUUUAACCAAAAUAAUGCGUUUCCAAGGCCCUACCUGAUGACUAGUAAAUCAAAAGGACACAAAACGUGGCCAAAUGACUUAGAAAAGAGGCAAAUUGAAUAUGAACCCAGGUCUGAAAAGGAGGAAGAUUUGGCAGAUUAUGUAAUUAAGAUGCUAUCUAAAUAUCCAGAGCUUCUGGGAAACAACCAAAAUAAAAGGCUACCUGCCCUUUACCCACAGAGUGACAUUCAGGAGCUUGAAAAGCAAUAUGAGAAGGCUUUAAGAGGAUAUCUGAACAUGCGAGGUUACCAGGAUUUAGAGACAGCACCCAAUGGUAACCGACGGCUGUCCUUGACCAGGGAAAAUGAUGACACACAGAAUAAGUAUAUAGAUGAGGACAUGCUCAUGAAGGUCUUGGAGUAUGUGAACCAAGAGAAAGCAGACAAAGCAAGAGAUCACAGUGUUAAAAGGUCUAUAGAAAAUAUGUAACUUUUUUGUGUCACCGAACGUCAUCAUUUUUUUUUUCUAUUUUUGACUUUCUGGCUUUGAUUUAGGUAGACUGAGCUAAGGUUCAUCUUCCACUAAUGGGAAUGAUCUUCUGAUGACCCAGCAGCAGGAUAAAAAAAAACAUUAUUGCUUUAAACUCAUCUUGACAUUUCGAUUGAUGUGUGUACCCAUUGAACACUUUCAUUAUUUCUGGAAUUUGAAGGAAUAUUACCUAAAAUUGGAGAUGUCACUUAAAAUUCUAUAUGUCCUGAACAUUUUAGUCUAUGUGCAUAAUUUGGAAGUUUCUAGAACUCAGAAUUUGCUUAGAAAAUCCAUUGAGACAUUUUUAUUUAGCGUUUUAGUCUCUUUUUAUUUCCGCUGACAUACUUUGAAUGACAAACUGUAUGAAAUUUACUUUAUUAUAGCUUCUUAUACUAUAAAAGUAAUGUUAAUUAACAGGUUUUGUGGAAAAGAGAGCAUGCAUUCCUAUGUUAUGAGUUAAAGCAUUGCAGUAAUCUACUUAAAAUAACAUUAUACAAAGUCAAUAUGUCUGUUUCCGCCCACGUACAUUAUUUCAGUCCACUAAUUGGCGACAUUUAUUUCUACCAAAGUAUAUUUUCAAAAACAUUCUCCAUAAUGACCCUAUUAUGUCACAUUCCAUUAGAUAAAACAGAGCCUAAUGAAGGUGAAUACUAGUAACUGUAUAGUUCCUGGUCAAUAGAGAUGCUUUUCCAUACUGUAGAUGAAGUUCAGUAAAACUGUAGAGAGGCCACAAUUUACCUGUGCUCUACCCAAAGUGAUAUAUAUAUAUAUAUAUAUAUAUAUAUAUAUAAAAUGGAGGAAGAGCAACCUACUCAAAGUCAUACCAAAGUAUACAACAAUGUCAAAAGACCUCAUCAUGUAAAAAGAAGGGAAAUAACUCAAAGGUAACAUAUGUAACAUAUCUGUAUAGAGGGCCCAGUAGCAGCCAUUGGAUUUGCCCUAUAAAUUGAGCACACCUUAUACACAGAACAACCUGUGGCUUUGGUUUUGCAGUCCUGAGAAAUAAUAGAUUCACUCUUCUCAUGCAAACAUGAAAUAAUCUUACUUCUCUCAGACAAACCUGAAAUACAGUAACCUUUCUCAGACAGACCUAGAACACCUGAUAAUUUUUGUUGGGGGAAUAAAAAAGAAUUGAUCCACAGUAGACGUUGUAUGGGAAAGGAAUCAGCUCAGUGUUUUUUUUUUUUUAAACAAAACAAAAAAAACUUCACAUAAUCUACCAAACUCUUAGCAGAGAAAGUACAACAAAAGUGUAUAAACAAUAAUGUUCACAAACAGUACAUUUGAAAAAGAAUGAAAAAGUGAUGUGUGAAGGCUAUGUGUACCACACAGAAUUGUAACUGAGGGUACAUUAUCAUAUACAAACAACAGGAAGGUGUUCUUCGCUAUACAUUUAUCCUUAGUGGAGCAUCUUAAAUAUCAUCCACUAUGCUUAGACCUUUCCCAUUUUCACUUCCUUCCAGGGCUGCUAUGUCGUAUCAGUGGAAUGUCGUCAACCAUAGCUAAUAAGGCACACAGUAACACAUCUGCUUCAAGAGAUGAUUGGAAUACAGCACAGUGUAUUCAAAGACUACACAAUUCCUACUUCCACUGCCCAAACUCCUGGCAUUUGCCAAUUUUACGGCUACAGUCACGCAAUUUAUUUUUUUAUCAUUGAACUAUUUUGUUACUGUUUGUUGUGUAUUGUGUGGUACUGUAAAAAACAAAACAAAACAAAAAUAAAGCAUUCUGUAUAAUGAAA